AUGUUCUCGCGUGCUCUGAGGACCAGCGCUGCCACGCCGCUGCGGCGCGUCUACGCUACCCCGAUCGCCGCCCGCCGCGCCGUGACCACCGACGCUGCGUCGUCGCACGCCGACCGCGCCAGCGUCCCUUCGGAGGAUGAUAAGCCCUUCGAGGUCCGCCUCUCCGACGAGGCUUUCGAGACCUACGAGCUCGACCCGCCCUCCUACAACCUCACCACCAGCAAGAAGGAGCUGAAGCAGAUGUACUACGACAUGGUCGCUGUCCGCCGCAUGGAGAUGGCCGCCGACCGUCUGUACAAGGAGAAGAAGAUCCGUGGUUUCUGCCAUCUUUCCACUGGCCAGGAGGCCGUUGCCGUCGGUAUUGAGCACGCGAUUGAGAAGGAGGACAAGAUCAUCACCGCCUACCGCUGCCACGGUUUCGCCAUGAUGCGCGGCGGCACCGUCAAGUCCAUCAUCGGCGAGUUGCUGGGCCGGAGAGAGGGUAUCGCGUACGGCAAGGGUGGUUCCAUGCACAUGUUCACCACCGGCUUCUUCGGUGGCAACGGUAUCGUCGGUGCCCAGGUUCCCGUCGGUGCCGGUCUGGCCUUUGCCGACCACUACUCUGGCAGGAAGAACGUCACCCUGUCGCUGUACGGUGACGGUGCUUCCAACCAGGGCCAGGUCUUCGAGGCUUUCAACAUGGCUAAGCUUUGGGGCCUGCCCGUCAUCUUCGGUUGCGAGAACAACAAGUACGGUAUGGGUACUUCCGCCAGCCGCUCGUCUGCCCUCACCGACUACUACAAGCGUGGCCAGUACAUCCCCGGUCUCAAGAUCAACGGUAUGGACGUCCUCGCCGUCAAGGCCGCUGUCCAGUACGGUAAGGAGUGGUGUGCCGCCGGCAAGGGUCCUCUCGUCUACGAGUUCGUUACCUACAGAUACGGUGGUCACUCCAUGUCCGACCCCGGCACUACCUACCGCACCCGUGAGGAGAUCCAGCGCAUGCGCAGCACCAACGACCCCAUUGCCGGCAUCAAGCAGAAGCUGCUCGAGUGGGGCGUCGCCGAGGACGAGCUCAAGACCAUCGACAAGGAGGCGCGCGCCAACGUCGACGCCGAAGUCGCCGAGGCUGAGAAGAUGCCCGCCCCCGACGCCACUCCCCAGAUCCUGUACGAGGACAUCUACGUCCGUGGCUCCGAGCCCGACUUCAUGCGCGGCCGUAUCCCCGAGGAGAACUUCUACUACACCGAGGCCAACAUCCCCAAGGAUGGCCCCGCCGCCGUCACCCGCACCUAA